CUUAAUCUCUCCGUAGGUUGAAUGACCUGUCAAUUGAUCAAUAAACUAUGAACAGCAGAGGCCGGCAGGUCUACUUCUCCCAGACGGGUAUCUUCUUGACUUGCCAAGAUCUAAUUUUUUGUAUAAAACUGAAAUGUAGAGCACUAUUUCUCCCAGACCCAGACUGGUAUUUUCUUGACUUAACAAGAUGAGCUGGUGGUGGGCCGGAGCCGUUGGUGCAGCUAAGAAGAAAUUCGAAGAAGAUGAGAUCUCAACGAGCUACAAGAGCGUGGCACUAAUAAUUGGUGUGACCGGUUUAGUGGGUAACAGCCUAGCCGAGAUUCUGCCACUAUCGGAUACACCCGGCGGCCCAUGGAAGGUGUACGGAGUGGGCCGACGACCCAGACCCGACUGGCACAUGGACCAUCCCAUCGAGUACAUCCAGUGCGACGUCUCCGACUCCGAAGAUGCUCAAGCAAAGCUCUCCCCACUAACAGACGUCACUCACAUUUUCUACAUGAGUUGGAUCAAUCGACCAUCGGAGGCCGAGAACUGCGAGGUCAACGGCCGGAUGCUACGUAAUGUCCUCCAGGCCGUUAUCUCCAAUGCCCCCAAUCUAUGCCACGUGUGCCUCCAGACAGGGAGCAAGCACUACGUUGGCUCCUUCGAGUCCUUCGGCAAGAUCCAGCCUCACGACCCGCCGUUCUCGGAGGAUUUGCCCCGGUUAGACGGACCCAAUUUCUACCAUACCCAAGAGGACAUAUUGAUCGACGAGGUGGCCAAAAAGAACGAUUUGACUUGGACGGUGCACCGACCCCACCUGAUUUUCGGCUUCUCUCCGUACAGUCUAAUGAAUAUAAUCGGAACGCUGUGUGCGUACGCCGCGAUUUGCAAGCACGAGGGAGUUCCGUUGAAGUUCCCGGGAAAGAAAUCUGCAUGGGAGUGUUACAGUGUAGUGUCGGAUGCGGAUCUGAUAGCGGAGCAUCAAAUAUGGGCGGCGGUGGAUCGGUAUGCGAAGAACGAAGCGUUUAAUAUCCACAACGGGGAUGUAUUCAAGUGGAAGCAUUUCUGGAAAGUACUGGCGGAGCAGUUCGAGAUGGAGGAGUAUGGGUUUGAAGAGGAGGGGCUGAGCCUGGCGGAGAUGAUGAAGGAUAAAGGGCCGGUUUGGGAGGAGAUUGUGAGGGAGAAUCAGUUGCAACCGACCAAGUUGGAGGAGGUGGCAGCAUGGUGGUUGGCUGAUUUAACAUUUGCAUUUGAAAAUCCGUUACCUCUGAUGAAUAAGAGUAAAGAACAUGGAUUUUUAGGAUUCAGGAACUCUAAGAAUUCCUUCAUCUCCUGGAUUGAUAAGAUGAAAGCUCACAAGAUCGUGCCCUGAAUGCUUGCCUGAAUGGAAAAACCGAGUCAAAGAGAGAAUCAGUCGGAUUUGGUCUUAGUUCUUGGGACUCCAUUCCUGUUGCUUGUGGCUCAAGACUAUUUGCUUAAAUUUUGAAGUAUAAUAAAUAUUGAUGUU